AGGUGAAGCCACCAUGGAAGGUGAAGCCACCUCCAAGCAUUCUCGCCUGGACCUCCUUAUGACUUUUGGGGGCCUCGUAUUCUUCCUGGUUGACAUAGUGCUGGAUGCAUUGACAGUCGUGACUUUCUACGAAGAGGAGAACUACGUUUACCUGGGUCUCCUGCUGCUCUUUCUUCUCGGCUCCUCGGUGCUUGCUCAAGUCUACAGCUGGCUGUGGUACCGGUACGAGAACUACGAGACAGUGACAAAAGUGGAGGGUUGCCUGAACAGCCCCGCACUCACAGCUCUCCAUGUGCUCCAGGCCGGCGUCUAUCUCAGGUAUGCAGGUAUAAUGGAGGUGUCCGUAUGCAGCGCCCUCACAAUGAAACAAUACCAAAACGAUUACACCGUGUUCUUCACCCAUGACCUCAGCCUGCUGCGCUUCAUAGAGACCUUCUCCGAGAGCGCCCCGCAGUUGGUCCUCAUGCUGUCCAUUAUUUUGCAGAGGGGCGUGAUGGAUCUCCUUACAAUUUUAAAAGUUUUGGGUUCUGCGUCAGCGAUCGCCUACAGUAUAACCAUGUACCACCGGUCCCUGCGCUCCUUCCUGCGUCAUAAGCAUCAACAGAGUCUCGUCUCCUCACUGGUCUACUUUGUCUGGAACCUGCUGCUGAUCGUCUCUCGCCUUGUUGCGCUGGCCCUUUUCGCCUCCAUCCUGCCCUGUUACAUUUUCACACACUUCCUGUGCUCUUGGAUUAUUUUGUUUUUCUUUGCCUGGAGAUCAAAAACGGACUUAAUGGACAGCCCUGGAGGAGAGUGGCUCUUCCGUGCCACAGUGGGUUUGAUCUGGUAUUUCAGCUGGUUCAAUGUGUCUGAUGGAGAUACAAGGACCAGGUCUAUUAUCUACCAUGUCUAUGUGAUGCUUGAUGUCGUGCUGCUUUGUGGUCUGUCAUAUUGGCAGAUUGAUUGUGAACCAACACAUUUUGAACAAUCAACUCUCUCUGUAGUGAUAAUUUGUUCGAUCACAGUUCUAGCAUAUGGCAUUGGUAUCUUAUUUAAGGUAAUUUAUUAUAAGUGCUAUCAUCCUAAGAUUGGAAAGCAUGAGCUGAAACAGAGUGUGAGUGAAGGUUCCCCAGCUGGGGAAGAUGUGGUGGACACAGCUGUCAUGAUAAGCCUUGGGGAGAAAAGAGAUCUAGAGAGAAGCUAUUACAGUGCACCCAGUGUCUCACCCCAAAAACGAGAGAAUAAAAGAAUGAGGAUGUUGGCUGAGAACUUCUACUCCUGACUCAUCACUUGACGGACUCAGGACACUGAGGUUGGAGAGACUCACAAGACUCACGAGUCACACAAACAAUGCAAGAGGCACUUUUCCAAAUGACAGGAGAUAAUUGAAGUAUUUUUUUUUCUUUUUAGUGCUUAAACAAAGCACACGUUUUAACUUGUAAUCUCGUGCUAUUUAUACUAAAUUAUAUCAAACUGUCCUGGUCCAAGACUUGUCGGAUUUCCCUUCCGACAGAUGAUGAGGAGCUUCUCAUUAAAGACAAUGGCAUCGUUUAGCAGAUGGCUUUGACUCCAAGCAAGCCUCUGCAAAACUGUUUUUAUCAAUGGUCAUGUUGAUGAAAUGUUCUGCGGCACUUUGACUUGUACUCUUAUUUAUUGUUAACUGCAAUUUAUAAACACAAAAUUAUAUUGAGCUCAAGCAGCAAAUAUGUAGCUUAACAAGUUCCUAAAAAUGUAUUUACAUUGUAAUGACUCUCCCAAGUACACAGAAAAAAAGGAGAAAAAAAAACAACCUUAUUGGACCAUAGACAGUGUUCCAGUCCCAAAUGGUAUGGGAGAAAUAGUGAUCAUGUAAUUACUGAAAAUGUGCAUUGGGUAAUAACAAUAGUGUUGUUGACAGUUUCACUCUGAGCUUCUAUCAAGACACUAAGUAGCCUCACAGGUCCUUGAAAAUGAGAUGAGAAAAUCAGAUAAACAACAACAACCAGCAUCUUUAAAAACCACACAGUAUUUGGCAUCAGGGAAAAGGGGACACAGUCAAAUCUAAAGCAUAGACCCCUUAAAAAAGUGUCAUCAUUUUGAUUGCCACGGUAUGCUUCAAAAUUGACCCAACAUGGAAACACAAAACGCAAGCAAGAGGAAGGUGGUAAAGAGGCCAUAUAAACUCCAGCAAUCACGAGAAAAUGAAAAUAAACGACUGCAUAUGGUCUCAAAUGAAUGACAUACAAUUAUGUAAAGUACACAAAGACUUGAUCCUAAAUAAACUAAUUUCCCUUUGACUUGUUUAGGUAGUAAAACAUGGAAACGUCAAACAGAAGCACAUCAAGCCAGGACUGUUUGUGAUAUACUUUCAGAACAAGAUGUGGAACUGCAUUCAGCGUAGCAUGUUUUACAGAUUGAUUGUCUCUUCAGCUAUGUAUGCAUUUCACAGCAACAAAACGAUGCAAUUUCCUAAUUUCCUUUGGAAAAAAAAAGAAAGAAAAAAAAUGCAAUAAAAGCAGACAACAAUAAUUGCUGAGAAAUGAGACUUUAAACUGGUGAAUGUCUGGACAACAGCUGAAGAGUUUCCCUCCAUGAUAAGGUGUUGACCGCUCACAAAAUGGUUGGUGGCACCAAAGAAAUAUUACCUUUAGUGCUUUACAUACAAAUAUAUGCCCCCCCCCCCCCUCACACCAGGUUAAUGCUGCCCCGCCAGAACACAAGCCUUCUGGAAGGAAACCCUUCAGUUAGAGACAGGACACUCAAAAAAAAAAAGAAAGAAAGAAGGUAACAUUAACAUCACUUACUAGAUUAUCAUUACAAUACAUCUCAACAGCAAUUUAGGUAUAAAGACGAAAAAAGGACAAUACCACUUAAUGUCUUAUAACAUGUGGUGAUGUGUUAAAAAGUUUUCCCUUUACGAUUACAUGUACAGAUGAUGGAUAAAGGCACAAUAUAAAUAUGCACAGUCACUCAAAGAUAAACAACAAUGAAAACAAAAAACAACAACACAUUCUUAAUGGUCAAGCUGCAUGUGUACAGAUGCAAAAAUCUUCUUCGGGCUCAGUAUUGUUCAGUCAUAAUGUCACACAGACCAAGGACUGUUGCCUCUGAGCUGUUGACCGGGUACAACAUGGGCAAAUCAAAUCCCCUGAAAUACAGUUAUCGAGCAUACCGUUAAACUAGAAAUGUAUUGCACAAGUCAUCCUUCCCCCCCCCAUAUGACAUUAUGACGAGGGUGUGGGUUGUGAUGAGGGUUGAGCGGUGAUGCUACUACUACUUUCGGCUGCUCCCGUUAGGGGUCGCCACAGCGGAUCAUCCGUUUCCAUGAGCGGUGAUGCUAGAAUGUCCAAAAUCUGCAGCUGUGUAAACCUACAGCUGUUUUAAAGCUGUAGCGGACUUUGGGGUUAUUAACAUAGUACAAUGAGGAGAAAACCCCAGAGGGAAAACUUUUAGAAGGUACCCUGUGAUAAUUGUCCCAACUAUAUGGUGUUGGAUGUUUUCUUUGGAAAUUUACGUAUUAUUCAUCUAUUUUUUAAUUUAUUUUUUUUGGCCGGGGCUGGGGUGUUGUAAAAUGAACCCUGCUAC